CUCUCUCUCUCUCUUGUCAAUCGCCUUAAAAUCGCUGGAUUCGAGGCAAUUUUAGAGACAGAUGUAAGCCAGGAAACGUCAAGGUCUCAACUUCGUGUGUUUGCGAACCACUGCCCCUGGCCUUUGAACGAUCGCUGAUGAUAGAAUACCGCUGUGUAGUCUUUUUGGGAGGGUCGUCCGGCCUGUCUUGGUUUGCUGAGCAGUUGGGUAGCAGUAGGGACGCGCCGGCAAUACAAAGGGCAUCUUAGUUCUCCUUUGAUCUCGGUUUGGUACGCACGUCUUCCUUCGGAAAACGAGUGCUAGCCGGAAAACCGGGUUGGAUACAUCUCGAGUGGAUCCUUGAGUCUCCUCCGUGUUCCAAGAUCUGGUGCAUUGUGACGAUUACACACCGUAAGUCGUUUAGUCCACCGUUAAUACUCCAAAGUGAAUACCAGGCUUGUCGUCUGUCCAGACUUGUCGUCUGUCACUCUCAAAUUCUGCUGCUGGAAUCUGUCCAGAACUCCCAGAUACGCGUGUUGGGAUAAUUAUUACCGCAAGUCGUGUAGCCUAUCAUCAGUCAGCCAAGGUCUCAGAAGGGUGCUUACGGACUAAUCUCGGAAGAGCCGCAGAUUCUCAGGAGGUGGUACGAUGUAUCGUUUACUCAUCGGCUGCAUUGCGCUACUUAGCGUUCACGAUCGCUCGUUCGUCUUGGCACCGCCACCUCUUCCGUCCAAUGGAGAUUUCGAAACGUUCCCGUCCACCGACAGGAAUUUGGACGGUGCGCAGGACGCGUCUACGAGCGUCAAUAAUCCCGAAUCCGGCUGUCCAUGCUUGACAUCGGUCAAUAGCACGGCGAUCCCCGGACAAUCGGGCUGGUUGACGCAAAGGCAGCAGCAUCUCGAGCAACUCUACAGCCGGAACGUGAUGGUGCAAGGCAUGAUGUGCACAUGCAACGUAGGUCUGCGCAGCCCGAUGAGGGACGAUUAUCAUUAUUCGGGAGGUAUUGGCGCGCACAAGCUGCACACGAGGGCUGUCACGUGGAACGACGCGAGGAAGAUCUGCAACGAGGAAGGGGGUCACCUCGCGAUCAUUAAUUCCGUCGCGGAAGCGCACGUAUUACUGGAGAUAUUUAAUCACUCAGGACCGAUCAAAGGCGCAGUGUAUCCUGACGAGGCCUUCCUAGGCGUGCAUGAUCUUUACAAAGAGGGUGAUUGGGUCACGGUAUUGGGAGAUUCUUUAGCAAAAACCGGUUACACCAGGUGGAGCGACAAAUGGGGUGGCCAGCCCGAUAACGGAGGCGGCAGACAACAUUGCGGCGCUUUAAUGAAAGAAGGCGGCAUGGACGACGUCGCGUGCGACGUCCCGUUUCCAUUCCUUUGUGAACUGCCACUGAUGCAAGUUUUGCACUGAGAACAAAAUCCCGGCGCGCACAUCCCGCGUCAAGGAUUUACAGCGGCAUCGACGAUGCAGCAAUGCGAGCCGGUCGAGUGGUAUUUAUGGUCCCGAUUUUGCCGGAUCCCGACGGUUUAAAUCACCUACGAAAUAGAGGAGCGCGCGCGCACGCGGAAAAUGGGGGAGCAGGGGACGCAAAACUAAUUCCGAAUGCGUAUCAUAUUCGGGCCGCGAAUUAUAGUCAUCGAGAGGGACCGGACACCGCCGAACGGUGGACGGUAUAAUUGCUAUCUUUGCGUUACAUCAAAUUCGUCGAAAUAUUAACGAUAAUGUAAUCCAUUCAAAUCGUUACCGAUAGGAUAGAUAGUGUGUAUCCGCAAGUAUUAUUAUUGUUCAUGGUAUCGCUAUUAUCGUUUAUAUUUGAUAUAUGCUAACCGUAGGUCUGUAAGUCAAUCCUUACAUUUUGAUUACAUUUUUUUUACACGCUCGAGCCAAAAGUUUGUGUUAUAACUGCCUGCGUAGUGAUUUAUAGAACAUAAAUAAAUAAACAUAUGCGUGAUCGUUAUGCGGCACGUUGGCGUAUAAAAUCGCGAUAUUCCCUCAAAUAAGUCACGUUACCGCGCACCUGUAAUCGGCACUCGAUAAAAAAAAUGCGCGUAUUUCGCGUUAAUUAAGAUUUAACGUUCGAGUUGUACGGCUCAUGAAUCGCGUGAUUGUUGACCCUGUUUCUCUCGCCAUUCUCAUUUUAUUUUUCACGCACUUUCCACGCAUGAAAUACCGCGUGCACAUAUUUUCCGCUCUUAUAAGCCGUGCUCCGCUCUUAGCAGCGAUGUGAGAAAAUUGAAUUUGCAAGUGAACUGCGUCUGAAGCAAGAGAAUUAUACAGUUUACGAGUUGCCCCCGCAGUUACGGAUAAUCCGUCCGAAAACAAUUGCACUCGUGCGAAUUCGCCUUAUCUUUUGAUUUCGAGCGAAAGCGGGCUUCAUGAGAUAUCGAUAUGUGCAUUUCGAGGUGGUGCAACAGGCGCUGGCUUCGACUGCUUUCAGGUGCGCCGCUUCACUCGAGCAAAUUACAUAAUCGAUGGAAAUAAAAUACCAAUAAACAAUGGCUCGCAAGCGCUCCAGUCUCAACGUUGUGUUAAAUCCGUCGUAAUAUUAAUUGCGGACUAUGCGAGAGGAAAGGAAUGAAUUAUGUAAGAUAACGGUGAACGCGCAACGUUACGGUUUGUUAAUUAAUCAGCAAUGUCAUCGCUUAUCGUGUCGAAUGAUCUGCACCUGAUGAUGCUGGAGAUUGCUGUGGAAAAUGUAAGUAAAUAUGUCUCAAGCUGAUAAUCGGGACACGGCGAUUGUUAAAUUAAGCGAUAUUUUAUAUCAAGAUUCUUCACGUCGAUUCGUAUCGAUCGUUUAUAGGUUGUAAGUAAAUUAAUAGUAUAUCGGAAACAUGUAAUUUUCAUCCUUCUUUACCAUGUUAACAUCAUAAUAGCGUUGCAUUUACGGGAAUCAUCUCUUUGGCAUAAUUAAAUAUAAU